GCCAAAACAUCACUAGAAAGCAAUUGAAAACUGAAAAGCUUGUAGAAAGAAAAUACAGCAAAUAGAAAAGUACCUAGUACCUGCCCACGCACUAAAUUCUUGAACGUAAGAACCAGCUGACCUUGAAAGAAAGCAAGAAAAUGGCGGACAUGGAUAUCGAUGACGUUUCUAAAGCCAAAGGCGAAGAAGAACAGAAGGGGAAAGCUCUUAUGGUAAUUCUGGUUGGCGCGCCCGGUAGCGGUAAGUCCACUUUCUGCGAGGAUUGCAUGCGCCUCUCUACCCGAUCAUGGGUUCGCAUUUGCCAGGACAACAUUGGAAAUGGCAAAGCUGGAACGAAAUCACAAUGUCUAAAGAGUGCAGCCAUUGCACUGAAUGAUGGUAAAAAUGUGUUCAUUGACAGAUGCAACCUAGACAAGGAACAACGUGCUGAAUUUGUUAAGCUUGGUGCUUCCAAAGUUGACGUGCAUGCUGUGGUGCUUGAUCUUCCUGCUCGACUUUGUAUAUCUCGGUCUAUAAAGCGAACUGGCCAUGAAGGAAACUUGCAAGGUGGAAAAGCUGCUGCUGUUGUGAACAGAAUGCUACAGAAUAAAGAAUGGCCUAAACUCAGUGAAGGAUUUACUAGAAUCACUUUCUGCCGAAAUGAGAGUGACGUUCAAGGUUCCCUUAAUACAUACAGUGGACUUGGUCCACUGGAUACUCUUCCCCAGGGUGUUUUUGGUGAGAAGAAUCCUGAUUCUAAAGUUCAACUUGGUAUAAUGAAAUUUUUCAAGAAAGCAGGGCCUGUUGAUAAUGCUGGACCUCUUGCGAAUAGUGUUCAGGGUUCCACUUCUGUGAAAAAUUCCAAGGAAACAGAUUCUUGCUCCAAAAGACUUGUAUCGUACUCAGAAAGUGCUGUUGAGUUGAAUGAAAGUAAAGACCCGAUGGUAGGCACCGUUAGCGAUGCUGCUUCUCUGAGUGAUCCUCCUACACUGGCAUUUCCAUCUAUUUCAACCUCAGAUUUCCAAUUCAACCAUGAGAAGGCAUCUGAAAUUAUUGUCGAGAAAGUUGAGGAAUUUGUGAACAAAAUUGGAAAUGCUAGACUUGUCUUGGUAGAUUUGUCUCAUGGCUCAAAGAUUUUGUCUUUGGUUAGGGCAAAAGCUUCUAAAAGAAACAUUGACUCCAAAAAGUUCUUUACAUUUGUGGGAGAUAUAACUCGACUUCAUUCACAAGGAGGUUUGCAUUGCAAUGUAAUAGCUAAUGCUGCCAAUUGGCGACUAAAACCUGGAGGUGGAGGUGUAAAUGCUGCAAUCUUCAGUGCUGCAGGCCCAACCCUAGAGGCUGCAACCAAAGAACAAGCUAAAUCUCUUCUUCCUGGGAGUUCUGUAGGCGUUCCUCUCCCUUCAAGUUCUCCCUUGUUUCACCAGGAAGGUAUAACCCACGUCAUACAUGUUCUUGGACCAAAUAUGAACCCGCAGAGACCAAACUGUCUCGACGAUGAUUAUGUUACAGGCUGCAAAAUUCUCCAUGAUGCGUACACGUCACUUUUUGAAGGUUUUGUGUCUAUAAUAAAGAAGUUGCCUCAAGGAAGCAUAAAUAAUCAUGAGUCCAAGACGUCGGAGAUACAAGGUCACAAUGAGGAUGCCCCUAGAAAUAGUGAACAAAAAGUAAAGAGAGAUGACAUUCAUGAAUCUGAUAGGACUGAAAAGUACAAGCGAUUUCACUUUGAAACUCGGGACAAUAUUUCUGAUUCUAGCACUCGAAAGAUAAGUCCGAGCAAUGAAAAAUUUGACGUAAGCAAAACUAAAGCCUGGGGAUCAUGGGCUCAGGCUCUUUGUAACAUUGCCAAGCAACCGGAGAAGCACAGUAAUGUUGUGCUAGAGAUUUCAGAUGAUAUCGUUGUAUUAAAUGAUCUUUAUCCAAAGGCACAAAAGCAUAUUUUGGUGGUGGCACGACAUGAAGGUCUUGAUUGCCUAGCGGACGUGCGUAAAGAACAUCUUAAGUUAUUAAGAACAAUGCAUGCCGUUGGUUUGAAUUGGGCUGAGAAGUUUCUAAGUGAAGAUGCAUCUUUGAUUCUCCGUCUUGGCUAUCACUCGGCCCCAUCAAUGCGGCAACUUCACCUACAUGUGAUCAGCCAAGAUUUCAAUUCCAAACAUCUGAAGAAUAAGAAACACUGGAACUCAUUCAACACUGCUUUCUUUCGAGAUUCCGUUGAUGUAAUGGAGGAAGUCAAUAGUUGCGGAAAAGCGAGAUUACAAGACGAUGACAAGCUGUUGUCAAUGGAGUUACGUUGCCACCGAUGUAGAAGCGCUCACCCCAACAUUCCCCGCUUAAAGUUGCACAUCACAAACUGUCAAGCUCCAUUUUCAGCCCACCUCCUUGAGAAUGGUCGUCUAGUGAGUACUCCAUGCAAUACUGAUGUUGAUUCGUAAAGAAAGAUCAUAGAAAAAAGCUUCCUUCUGAGCAAAAGCUUUUGCAAAUUGCCAAAUUCUCAUUGUGCUCUGGCAACAUUUUUGUGCAGCAUAUAUGGUUAGAGGUUCUAGUUUUAUA